GUGCUGUUGGGACCAGCAUCUGCUGUAUCAGGUGGAGGAGGACUGGGGAUGGUUCCACAGCGAUAAGAUUAAUUUUAAGUGAUUGUUAGAUUAGAAAUUUUUCUUGGCAAAACCUGUAAGAAAUUUUGCUUUGAGUGGCAUGUAAAGAAAGUAAAUAGUAUAUGAAAUAUGUAUAACAGUUCAGAAUAAAACUUGACUGUGUUGUACAGUGAAUUCUUACUGGAUGUAUAGAAUGAAAUGUGUUCCUUCAUGCAUAAUAGUAACUGUUGUGUAUAAUACCUAUUUAGCAUUCGUCCACCAAACUUGAUUUGAAUGUUUUGAGUUUUAGGUAAAUAAUAUCUUUUUAAUUCUAACCUUUGGUGUUCUCAAUUUCACAUUAUCUCCCAGAUCUAUGCCCUUUCCUUUAUUUAAAAUAAAAUGCUUGAAUUGAUAUUCUCAUGCAAUUUGUGAAAUACACAUGAGAUUGGUGCAGAUUUCAAAAGGUUUGCAGUUCCCUGCACUUUUCUGAAGUUGCAUUUUUAAACAUUGUACAUUGCUGCAUAUGGAAAAAAGGAUAUGAAUGGCAAAUCUCAUUCAACAGAAAUAAAUGCACAAGUCACAUUUAGUGGAAAUAAUGAAGAUACUCUUAUGAAAUUAAAUAUUAACAUGCUGCAUAGGAUUGUCUUAAUCUGAAAUCUUCAAAAAGUUUUCUUUGUUGCUUUUUUAAAUAAAUUAAGAGAUUUGUGAAAUAACUUUCUGAACUUGCUAAUAAGUGGAAAAUUAGAUUGUCUAAGAAGUUAUCUUUUUAGUUAUUACAAACACAUGAUUAAGUAGUACAUGAUUUGUCACUAAAACAAUUGUCGGGAUAGGUUCUUUUCAUCUGUACUUUCCUCUGAAUUUUUUUGUAUUUAGUAGGAAUAUGAUCACCUAUGAUCGUAAAAUGGAUUACAAAUAUUUGUUUAAAUUUUCCAAUUAUUUAUUUCUGCCUGUAAAAUUUACAAUCUUUUAUUGGUUUAAGAAGCCUUGCUUCAUCCCAAAACUUGUAAAAAGUAUGUUUAAGAGAAUAAAUGUAUACUUAUGUACUCUACAUUCAAUAUAAUAAAUGUCUAUAUUUCGUGGCUGCCAAAGUUUAGAAUUAUCCACACUUUACUGAAAAAUUUGCUAGAAUGGUUUUAUGUGGAGUCAUUUUUUUCUGUUUGAACUGUUUAACCCAGUGACUUUAUAGUAGUAUAAUAUAGAAAGUAGUCAUAUUUUGAAACUUAUGGAGAAUUAGAGAAGCAGAAGACCAAACUGGUGAAGCGUG